CCUACUAAUGUAGCGCCACAGCACUGUGAAGCUCAAAAGCAGAAAAGCCACUACUAACGUCUCUUCUAGGGCGUCACUCUCUUCUCUCUGCUCGUUCUCCGCCUCCCUUCAAUUUGGUACGUUCAGGAAGAAUCUUAUCGUAAUCUAAUACCAAAGCAGCUUCUUUUUUAACUUCAUUUUAGAGUAGAUUUAACUCCGUUUUCAUUUUCUCUUUAACUUCAAAGCAGCCUCUAUUUCUUAGAGAAAUAAAUGUUCUGAGUAUUUUGAUUGUAGUUAGAUCUUUAGCAGAUUUGUCGACUUAAUCUAGUAGGAUAAACAUGGCUGGUUGUGUAUCGGGUUUUGGGUUAUCACAUGUUGUGAAUGUGAAAAAUGAGGUCGUAUUGGGGAAGAUAUGGAAUCAAAGUUUGAUUUUUUAUGAUGGUAGAUUCAGAAACUUAGUAAAGGAUGUGGCAUUUCCAGUUUUUUGUGGAAAAAAUAGUAGUAGAAAUGUCUAUGUGAAGACAAAACGGAGGUUUCUUGUCAUGAGUAAUGUGUCACAGUCACCUGCUGAGCCACAAUCUAAUCUAGCAACGACUAUAGUGACAAAAGAGGGAGAUGAUGGUAGCAAAGGAAGAGAUUUUAAAGUUUUGGAGGCAAACCAUGAAAUAAAAACUGAUAGUAGUGGUAAUGGUGGGGACAUGUUUGAUGGUAGAGGAGGAAAUGGGAAAUUUAACAAUGGUAGAGGUGGUGGUCGUGGUAGCGGGGGCGAUGACAGUGAAGAAAAUGAUCAAGAAGAAAAGGAGUUUGGACCAAUUAUGAAAUUUGAAGAGGUAAUGAAAGAGGUGGAGGCUCGAGGAGCUAGUCUUCCUUCAGAUAUGUACGAGGCUGCUAAGAAUGUGGGGAUUCGCAAAGUGUUACUACUUAGAUAUUUGGACUUGCAGGGGUCGAGUUGGCCUUUGGGAUUUUUGGUGAAGUCGUGGGGCAUGCUGCGAAACCGAAUGUUGGCUGAUCCAUCUUUCCUCUUCAAGAUUGGAACUGAGAUUGUCAUUGAUUCUUGUUGUGCUACAUUUGCUGAAGUCCAAAAGAGGGGCAAAGACUUCUGGGCAGAAUUUGAGUUGUACCUCGCAGAUCUUUUGGUUGGGGUGGUGGUUAACGUUGCAUUGGUUGGUAUGUUGGCACCUUAUGUGCGUAUUGGGCAACCAUCUGUUUCUAAAGGGUUCCUUGGACGCCUGCAACAGGCAUAUGGAGCUCUUCCUAGCAGUGUAUUUGAAGCAGAAAGGCCAGGAUGUAGAUUUUCUGUAAAUCAGAGAAUUGCUACAUACUUUUAUACGGGUAUUAUGUAUGCAACAGUUGGAUUUGGAUGUGGUAUUAUAGGCCAAGGAAUUGCAAAUUUAAUAAUGACUGCCAAGAGGAGCUUAAAUAAAUCAGAAGAGGACAUACCUGUUCCACCUCUAUUGAAGAGUUCAGCACUUUGGGGUGUUUUUCUUUCAGUUUCGUCCAAUACCCGCUAUCAGAUCAUUAACGGACUUGAGCGCUUGGUCGAAGCAUCACCCGUAGCAAAGCAGAUACCACCCGUUGCAAUGGCAUUCACUGUGGGUGUGAGAUUUGCUAACAAUGUUUAUGGCGGCAUGCAAUUUGUAGACUGGGCUAGAUGGAGUGGUGUGCAGUAACCGUGCAAUGCUCUCAUGUUCUCUU